AUGCUGAUCCGCAGCGUCGGUCGUUUUUCCCCUUCCCGAGGUGUUCGCCCGGUCGCUCCAUUAUCCCACGUGAAGGUGUACGCGCCUCCAGACAGUCUCAACCAAGUUUUGAGGGAUAGCAAGGACCUCAAAAAUGCGCUAAAAUUGGAUUAUAACGAAGCGACCAUUCCUCCACCAAGAGCGAUCACUGACAAGCUCGUGAGCUUUCUGCACUCACAGGAUGGCCGUUUGACUUUGCCGUGGUACCCUCAUCUUUUUGGUGAAGCGUGUCUGGAUGGGAUCACUGAGCAUGUGAAAUUGGAUAAGAAACAUAUAUUGGUUAACAACGGCAGUGAUGAUGCACUUCGCUUGAUAAUGGACACCUUUCUGGCCCCUGGGGACAAGGCGUUGGUUCCUCAGCCGAGUUACCCGCAAGUUGGAAUUUUCAUAGAGGGGUGUCACGCCCAGCAUGUGAAGAUGGAGCUGAAGGACCCAUUUUGCAAUGAUGAAAGUGAACUGAGAGAAAAAAUUGCCGAAGUUGAUCCUAAAGUGAUUUAUUUGAUAUCCCCGAAUAACCCUACAGAUGAGGCUUAUCAUGAAUUCGCAAAGUUACCGACUUCAGCCCACCUCGUUAGAGAGUUGCCGAAUCUAGUGGUUACCAGAACAUUUUCGAAGUGUUUUGGGUUAGCAGCGUUACGUAUUGGAUUUCUGAUGGCGCAUGAGGAUACUAUUAAAGAAAUGAAGAAAUUGUAUAACACCAAGUCGGUGAAUAUGCUGGCGCAACUGGCUGCUUGUGAGGCUCUCAAGAAUCGUCCUUUUUACAUGCGCUAUGCGGCUGAGGUUUGCAAUGCUCGCGAUUGGCUGGUGAAAGAUCUCAAAUCGGCUGGAUUGGAAGCGAGGGCUGGCGGGGGCAACUUUUUGUGUGUGAAGAUGCCUCCAGGAGUGUCACCAGUUGAGGUGGUAGAGCGCAUGACCAAGAGGGAUAUUUUUCUGAGGUCAGAUAUCCACGGUAGAUUUCCGGGAUUUAUUCGCAUUACUGCUGGGACUAUGGAACAGAUGAGGAGGGUUGCCGCUGAGCUUAAGGCUGAGCUUGGCUUGUGA